AAACCACCAUCAACUAGGCCGCACAUCGUCUGCAGAUAAGGACCCAGCUGGACAGGGACAUUGUAAACCAAGCCACACCCACCAAGAACAAGACGAGACAGGAAUCUCGUCCAUUGGGUCCAGCUCGCUGCUGCUGCGACUACUACUGCUGCUGCUGCUGCUCCGGCUGCUUCUCAUGGCGCCAUAACAGAACUGUAUGUGCUAUGCCUAACACUAUCGUGUCCACCUGCCUUCUCGUCCUCUCAUCCUCCCACGGUUCUUAUCUCGAGCCUUGCCCCAUACCCCCCCUCUCCCCGGUGCAUGAAACCGUCUGUCUGCUCAUCCAAUUGAGCUGCUGUCUGUCGUCGGUCCACGAAAUGGUGCUGAGAUAACCCCCGUCCAGGAAGACGACAUCCAGGUCGUUCACGAUCAUCGUUUCCCCUCAGUCUCCGUCCUUUGUCUCCUCCACUCGUUCACCAGCUGUUCGCCCCGGACAUCGUGGGCCAGUUUCGUCAUGGCGGAGGGGUACAACAAGAAGGAACGGAGAAAGAGUUUCAGUGUGCUCAGUUCUUCGUUAUCGAACACCGUCAACUCCCACGAUCGGUCGUCGUCCGAUGGUCUGUCGAUGCUGCAGAAGAAACGCCGCAAUUCCAGCUUUUUCAGCCGCAACCCGAGCCCCGUCAGAGCACCCAGUCCGCUGGCAUGUCGGCGCCCGGAUACCGCCGACUCAGAGGGCGUCGCCAGUGCGACUUCCAUUCCCAUCACGGCCCCGGAGGCCUUGAAGCUGCGGCGGAAAUCCUUACAGAGGAACAAGCGCGCAUCCGUCUUCGGCUCGUUGCGCUCCCUUCACUCACAGGAAGAUGACGACAAAUCAGUGCUCGGACGCUCCAAGCCGUCAUCCGAAGACAAUGACGACUCGUCAAGGAGGACCCUGGGGACCAUGGUGCUGCAUCACGGAGAGGUCCAGACGACGGGGGGCAUGUGGAGGAAGAAGAACCAAUAUCUGGUCCUGACGGAUACGCAUUUGGUACGACUCAAGAACCAAAAUAAGGCGGCCGAGAUGUUCCCAUCGAUUCCGUCGUCCCAUAGUCGCCCCACCGCCGUCAAUCGCCAGUCGGUCGCCUCGAUCCAUUCCCUGCAGGAGGUGCAGAUGUCCCAGAUCGAUUCCGCCGCGAGCGUUUCCCUGAACACCAUCGUAGCAGUCUAUCGCUUGGAUGACAGUCGACCGUCAGUCUUCACCGCGGAAGUCGCCUAUAUCGAUGAGCGAACCCAUAAACCGGCAAUCAUGCAGAUGCAAAUGGCAGACCCCGAAGAGCUCAACCUGUGGCUGAUGGGCGUCCGGUCCGCCGCGGAAACCGCCCGAUCGGUUGAUCCGUUUCCUUUUGACAAAAGAUCAGUCGAGUAUGUCGUGCGGAUGCUGCAGCAGGAGCGGGACUACGAUCCGGAGCAGUUUCAUAUGUUCCGCGCGAUACAGCGGUCAUCGAGCAAGUCGGUCGGGAGGGCAUCAUCCGACGACCUCUCCAAGUUGUCCUCUACGAUGUGCUAUGUAGCAAUCGGGAUGCACAAGAUCCACCUGAUCCCACUGCAAAAGAUCACCAGCCGUGCCUCUAUUGUGUCGCUGAAUGAUAUGGAGCUGGGAACCUCGUUUGGACUGAUGACUUUGGCUGGACUCUCGAUGCAAGGCGGAGACGACAGCUUCUCUUUAUCUUUCCGUGUCCCGCUUCGAAGCUCAAACACACUGUUCCUGGCCUCUGUGCACUUGGGUGACAUUGCUCUAUGGAUACGGCAGAUCGCCGAGUUCCUACGUCCGCUGUGGCUGAGACAGCCAUUCGAUUUCCUGGUUCCGCGCGAGCUGGACAACAUUGAUGCUUUCACGCCAGUGGAGGUCAACGAAGAUUACGGUUGUUUUGAUCGAACAUUGAUUGCAUAUUCCGCCAGUUAUGAUAUUGAUACAUCCAACAUCCGAUACACGGUCGAUCACGACUGUGAGGAUGCCCCGUGUUUUCGACUGCUACCCCCGGCUUCUGCGAGAAACCCCAACUACUCCGCCUUGGAGCUCCUAGCGGUGAUGCGAGCCCUGCGAUACAACGAGUCCUUCCGGUCGAUAUCGUUCAGCGAGAUCAAGCUUGACGUGCUGCAAAAAGUGCGCGACAUCUAUGGGUUCGACAGAGAUGCGCAGCUGACGCGAGCCGGAACGCUCAUCAAGAUCCCAGGACAGGAAGGCUUGUCGCUGCUGUCGCAGGAGAUUCGUGCCUUGGCACUGAAGAGCAAGUUUCUAAGACGGCUGGACUUUUCGUACUGCCUAAGUCGACCGUCCGCGCUGGACCCCGGAGUCCGCGAUACCGGCUGCGGCAUCCCGGAGGCGAUCUUUCCCAUCUGCAGACGCCAGCUGACCAACGUCGACUGGGUCGUACUGAAUGGCAUCAAACUCGGCGACUCGGAUCUCGAUUAUCUGGUGGAUGCUGCAUCCGAGAAAGCGAGUCACUUCCGGGCUCUGGAGGUUAGCAACUGUGGGCUGUCAGUUCACGAUCUCGACCUCGUCCUCUCGACCAUCACCGCGCAGGAACAAACGCUGGAAGCUAUCAGCAUCGCCGGCGUACAGGGUCGCCUGAGCCCGGAGCUCUUUCAGCCACAGAUUGGCUAUUUCGCUCAUAUCCGGAAAAUCGAUCUGUCUCGCAUAUCCAGAACUUCUGGACCAGAACCGCUGAUUGCCCCGGAAACCUUGCUGAACUGGAGGCUUGAAGAGCUCUCUCUGAGCCAGACAGCGGUUAACGAACAGACCGUCGAUUCCAUUGCCGCCUACUUAGCAAGCGAUCAAUCUCGACAUCUGCGGGAGCUUCGGCUUGAUCAAUGUGGCCUAACGGCGACGGACGUCGCAGUUUUCCUGCAGUCAAUGUCAAAUCCGGGUGGAAAACCACGCAACCUACAUUUACACGUCAAUGAGAACAGGAUCGACAGCGGGUGCUCGUUCCUCUUCAACACGAUAGCCAGGAAUCAGACACCCACCCACCUCUCGAUGAGGAUGAUCGACUUCAAAAAGGAAGAGCAUUUCGCAGAGCUGGUGGAGGCCUUGAGGAAGAACACCAGUCUCAAAUAUUUGGAUAUUUCCAAGGCAUCCUUGCCUUAUGAUGCCGGUCCCGAGACUUGCAAGGCUCUGCAGCUGAUGUUCGAGGACAAUCAGACAUUGGAGGAACUCGAUAUCAGCGGAGAAUAUGCGCAUCUAGAUGUAGCUAGGUUUGGUAUCGGCCUCAACCUCGCAUUGACGGGUCUGAAGAAGAACAAGUCUCUGAAGGUGCUGCGAGUGGAACACCAGAAACUCGGUCUACAGGGCGCAAACACCUUGGCAUCUGUCUUGGAAGAGAACACCUCACUCCGCGAAAUCUACUGCGAAAAUAACGACAUCCAUCUACAGUCAUUCACCGUACUUGUCAAUGGCUUAGCGCGCAACAAGACUCUGCUGAAUAUCCCAACCAUGGACCGAGACAGGACCUUAUCGCUUGAGAGGGUCCGCCGGGAGAUUGAGAGCGUCAAUCGCGACUCUAGUCGCACACAUUCCUUAACAAACAGCUCGCUCCGGCGUUCUCUGCAUGCUGCCAUGAGUGUCGGCCAUCACGCGUCUGGGGUCAACAAGCUAUCCAAGCAGAAGCACCAUGAACCCUUUGUUUCACAGCCCCCGUCAUCAUCCUCGUCACACGCUAGCACCUCUCAUCAUAUGAUCGGCCACGACGUUCAAGCCGUGCUGGACUCCCUUAACCAGAAGUGGGAUGCAGAAGUCGAACGUUUACGUCGGUAUUUAUUCCGGAACUAUAAUCUUGCCAAUGGCUUGGAUACUCCAGAUACCGACGAUGCGGCUAGUGAUGUUCGCCCUACCACAGCAGCGAGCCUGGGGACAAUGCUGCAGCAGAUGAAGUUGGAGCUGACCGUGUCCGCAACUGAGCUUGCGCAAAACUCUCAGCCUGCGGCGCAACCGACGCUCAAAGUGGAGACAGUAGACCUGGAAGACAAGGAUACCGAAAGCUCAGACAGUAUUCAAACAUCGCCAUUAUCAACCAUUCCAGAGUUCAAAUCCAACGUCUUCUCAGCUGAGGCAGGACAGAAAUCCAACCAUCGCCGUCCCCUGUCAGCAACAUCAAGCACGUCUCCCCCCUCUCCCAUAACGCCUUCGAAAGAUUAUGCGCCUUCUUCGUUCGGAUCUCCUCGACUGGCACUUCCUCUUCCCGCCAUUGCACCCUCUGCAAGCGUGUCGAGUAGCAUCCGCAGUACGCGCAGCUCCAGCACCGUGUCCACCAACACUGGGGUGGGGGUCAGUAGCCGAAGUAACUACGGACUAGCUACUUCAUCACUGAGGGGCUUCCUCAGUGGACGUGGCAUGAAACCAGACAGCAGGAAGCUGGAGAGGGUCAAGGACGGCCAAGGGGGUCAUGUCUACAUCACUGGCGACCAACCGCCGCAGCUUGACUGGUCGCUGCCAAAGUUGGACGGCUUCUGAUCCUCGCAGCCGCAUCUAUAGAGCCCGGGACUUUACGGCAUGAAAGCCGGCUAUGCAGGAGUGUUAAGCGUUCGGUACCGUGUACCGGUUAGGUCCUUGAACAAGCAAUCGAGUCAUGAUAUGACAAUGAAUUAAC